AUGCUUGGUGCUGUGUAUCUGUGCAUAGGCUGGCUGGUGCUGCAGCUAGCUGAUGGGGGACUGGAUCGCAUCUCUCAGAGAUGGGGGAUGCAACUGCAGGGCGACUACUCCAUCACUGGACUCUUUCCUCUCCACUACACAAAUGACCCAAGUGGUAGUUUGCCUGCUUUGGGUCCAUGUAAUGGAGGCUCACUCAGCCCACAUGGAUUUCACCUGUUGCAAGCCAUGAGAUUUGCUGUAGAGGAAAUCAACAACAGCACUGGACCACAGCCUCUUUUACCAGGAGUGAAGCUGGGCUACGAGCUGUUCGACAGCUGCUCAGUAUCGGCCGUUGUCCUGGCCACACUGGACCUGCUGGAGCAGCAGAGCCCCUCUACAUCUGGGACAGAGAGAGACCCAAACUUCAAGAACAGUGAGCGAGCAGUGGCUGUGAUUGGGCCAGACAGCAGCAGCAAAUCUCUCGCCUCAGCUGCUUUACUGGGGGCCUAUCUUCUACCGCAAAUCUCUUAUGAAGCAUCAAACGAGAUGCUGAGCGACAAGUUCCUCUAUCCGUCCUUUUUCCGCACAAUUCCCAGUGACAAGAACCAGGUGGCAGCUGUGAUCCAUCUCCUGGUUCGGUUCAACUGGACCUGGAUCGCUCUUAUAGGCAGUGACAACGCCUACGGCCUGGCGGGAAUGCGUAGCAUCUCACAGCAAGCACCAUACCAUGGCAUCUGCAUCGCCUACCGAGGAGUCAUCCCCUCGUUCAGCGAUGACGCGGUCCAGACCAUGAGGAUCAUGGUAGACAGCAUAGUAAAGACCAAAGUCAACACCAUCGUGGCCUUUUCCAGCAAGUCAAAACUCCGCUACUUCUUCCCGUAUGUCAUUGAGCAGAACGUGACAGAUAAGGUGUGGAUUGGGACAGAGGACUGGUCAACAUCUUCUGUUAUAUCAGGGAUACCUGGGAUCCACACCAUUGGCACUGUGCUCGGAGUGUCCAUCAAAUUCGCAUCCAUACCUGGUUUUGAGGAGUUUGAGAGGAAGAUGUCUGAGGCCUCAGUGCAACACAGCCACACCCAGGAAGCCUCUAAUGGCACAACAAGCUCAGGCAACGACUGUCUGCAGAGCACAAACCUGUACAGUGUUGCCAGGAUGAAUUUUCCUCUGGAGAAAUAUGACAUCACCUCCUCCUUUAAUGUGUAUCAGGCGGUGUAUGCUGUGGCUCAUGCUCUGCACCGUGCACUUGGCUGUGAUUCUGGAGAGUGCCAAAGGAAGAGGGUGUAUCCAUGGGAGCUUCUCCAGUGGCUGAAGCAGGUACGAUUCUCUCUGGGCAACACCUCUGUGCACUUUGACGCAAAUGGUGACCCGCCCACAGGAUAUGACAUCAUUUCCUGGAUUUGGAGAGGGACCCAAUGGUCUUUCAGAAAGGUGGGCUCCUUCAGCCCAGAUCCUAUUGACCUCACGAUUGAUGCUGAUCGAAUUCAGUGGCACAACACAGGCGAUUCAAGACCAGUGCCGCUGUCCAUCUGCUCUCCACCUUGCCCAAGAGGCCACAAGGAGCUGCAGAUGGGGCAGCAGAAAUGCUGCUUCGACUGCAUAGCCUGUCCCAUUGCUACAUUCCUCAAUAAAAGCGAUCCCACUCAAUGCCAGCGGUGUCUGCUGGAGGAGUGGGCUCCAAAGAGCAGCGAGCAGUGUCUGAAGAGGACUGUCCUGCUGCUCGCCUGGGACGACCCCCUUGCUAUCGCCCUGCUGUUCUUUCUGGCCAGCUGUCUUCUCAUGACCUCCAGCUCUGCAAUAAUCCUCCUGCUCAACCUGAACACGCCCGUGGCCAAGUCCGCCGGAGGCCGCACCUGCCUCCUGAUGCUGGCAGCCCUGACUGCCGCUGCCAUGAGCUCUUUGUGCCAUUUUGGCCGCCCGUCUCCUCUGGCUUGCAUCCUCAAGCAGCCUCUAUUCAGCUUCAGCUUCACUGUGUGCCUUGCCUGUAUCACAGUGCGCUCCCUCCAGGUCGUUUGCAUUUUUAAAUUUGCCUCCAAGCUGCCGCCGGCCUAUGACAAGUGGGCCAAAAAUCAUGGGCCAGAGUUCACCAUUUUCCUUGUGUCCAUGACCAUCGCACUCAUAUCUGUGUUCCGCGUGGCCCUCCACCCUCCCAAGCCUUCCCAGGAUCUUAACUUCUACAUGGACAGCAUUGUGUUGGAGUGCAGUCACACCCUCUCACUUGGUUCAGGCCUUGAGCUGGCUUAUGUUGCGCUGCUCAGCGUCCUCUGCUUCACGUUCAGCUACAUGGGCAAAGACCUGCCAGCCAACUACAACGAGGCCAAGUGUAUCACCUUCAGCCUCAUGGUGUACAUGAUUUCCUGGAUGAGCUUCUUCACUCUCUACCUCAUCAGCAGAGGCCCCUUCACCAUGGCCGCAUACGUGUUUGCCAUACUCUUCAGUGUCAUGGCCUUCCUUGCGGGCUACUUCCUGCCUAAAAUUUACAUUAUUGUCCUGAGGCCACAAAUGAACACGGCUGCCCAUUUCCAGAAUUGUAUUCAAAUGUAUACCAUGAGCAAAUAA